CAGCUUAUUAUCAUUCUACGUAUAAUCAACUUUCCUACGUCAAAAAUCUCCAUUUAUAAAAUUUACGUCAUUUAUCAUUUCAACUUUUGUAUUCAAUAUUUAGCGAGUAAGCUAGAAACUCGUUGCACAGUUAAGGGAUUACCGAUAUCGUGGAAUAAUAUUCAUAUUCGAUAAUAUAUAAAAUAAUAUCAUAUAUUUCGUAAUUCGUUCGUCGACGAAACAAUUGCAGAUUCGCCACCAUGAUAAACGAAGAGUUUAAACUGAUGAUUUUCGUUCAGUUCGCAGUGAGCACGCUGACGAUAUGCAUGAAUCUUUACAUCUUAACGGGAACGAACAUCUCGCUCGAGAUGAUUGUGAAAAUAAUUAUGUUCAGCAGUUGUAUGUUAACACAGAUAUACAUUCUAUGUUGGUACGGGAAUGAAGUUGAACUGAAGAGCCUGGAAAUUUCCAAUAUGAUUUUUGAAAUCGACUGGCUAGCGCUCAAGGAAACCACUAAACGGGACUUGUUAAUGAUCAUGAUGCGUGCGAGAUCUCCCAUACAAAUGACUAGUGUUUACGUGGUGACGAUGAAUCUCAAGUCGUUCGUGAUCGUUAGUAUGGAAAGAAUCGACCUUUUUUUUUUUUUGUUGAAAACUUCUUAUUCGGCGUACAAUCUGCUGCAAGAAUUAUUUUACAUUUGUAAACAUAUCGAGGAUUAUAAGAAACGAAGUUUAGAAAAAUUCGAAAUGCACACUUUACGUUGGACAUUCGCGCUUCUUACUCUGACCGGUCUUAUACGACCGUCCACGUGGAAAUAUUUAUGGAAAAGAGUUUUGUACGAUGUUUACACGAUCGUCGUGUUGCUGUUGCUCUUCAGUUUCGAAACUUCGCUGAUUCUGGAUCUUGUCAUCAACGUGGAUAAUCAAGAUGAUUUUAGUGAAAAUUUGUACGUAACGCUGGUACUGUUCUCCAGCUGUUGCAAGGCUCUUGUGCUACUAAUUUAUCGAGGAAAUAUUGAAAUUUUAAUGGGCAUUCUACUAGAGAAACCUUUCGUACCUGUGAACGACGAAGAGAUUGAAAUUCGAACGAAAUUCGAGGAACGAAUCGACUUUAUUCAUCAGAUCCUGGCCACGAUAUUCAGCACGAAUUUGAACAUCGUUUGCGAUUGUUUGUUCAGCGGUAUACUGAUUCACAUUUAUUGCCAAUUCGAGAUCCUUGAACACCGUAUGAAAAACAUUACUACGGACAAAGAUUACUCGGCGAAAUUCUGUGCACAUCAUCAUCACCGCAUAUACAAAUUCGCAUCGAUGGUGAACGAUAACUUCAAAAUGAUCAUGUCGAUGCAAUUUUUGAUAAGCACCGGAGCCGUGUGUUUCAAUCUUUAUCGAUUGUCGGUAAUGGAAUUUGGCCCGAAAUUUAUGGAAACAGCGACCUACACGUUGUGUUUGCUCAUGCAGGUAUUCUACUACUGUUGGUACGGCAACGAAGUCAAGCUGAAGAGUCUGGAAAUUCCUAACGCGGUGUUGGAAAGUAAUCUACCAUUUUUAAACGACAGCUCGAAGAAGAUUCUUUUACUGAUCAUGAGACGCUCGUUAGAACCUAUCGAAUUCACUAGUUGCCAUGUCAUCUCCAUGAACCUCGAAUCUUUCGCUAUAUUGCUGAAGACUUCCUACUCAGCGUACAAUUUGCUUCAACAAAGCAAACUAAACGACUAAGAACCGUCGUAUUUUAAUCCGAGUGUAAUAAGAAACAUGGGCUACUCACAUGCAGACUAAUACAAAUGUUCUUUUUUUUUUAAGACACACAUCAAUAAAUCAAUACGUUAUUUCCCGUCCUGUGUUUUCUUUUGCUCGAAAUAAAAGUCAAACCAUUCUUUGGCUAAUUAGAGCUCUGAUAAAACUAGAAAUGUCAACAUUAGUUGAACAAGCGUUGUAUUUUCUAAUCAAUAAAGGUAAAUAUAAAAAUAGUAUCU